AUGCCCGAGAGAUUCUUUUUCAAUCUUUUUCUUCGUAACACAUGCCACCAGUGUGCGGGGUACUUUAAUGACGAGUUCUGGCAACUACUUAUGCCUCAAGCCAGCGAAAUACAGCCUGCCGUCCGGCAUGCAGUGAUCGGUAUUGGUGCCCUACAUUGGAGGUUCGAGUCAAGGACAAUUUCUCACAGCGCUGAUGUUUCACUGGAUCGCUCAUUUCACCUACGGCAAUGUAGUAAGGCUAUCGCAUGCCUUCAACAAGACCUUCUUGCAAAAGCCCAGCCCGACAUUGCACACAUGGAGAAUGUGCUAAUCACUUGCGUCGCUUUAAUUGUCUUGGCUCUUUUUCAAACGAACGUCCAUGCAGCCCAAUCUCAUGGAAUCGGCUUCAAACUGUUGAAGCAAUGCCAGGAACAAAGUGACUUCUGCAAUAGUUCCACCGGGUCAAUUUUAAUACGAAAGUUUAUUCAGUUAAAGCUCCACUGGUUGGCAUGCACCAACCCCGAGACUUUUGUGACCAGCAAUCAAAGUACACCCCAACAGCUUCAAAACACUGGGAUAAGAAACCGCUCGCAUACUUCAUAUAAAAUGCAGCCGUCGCAAAACGAGGAUGGGAAACUGGGUUUGCAGCCAACGGAGCGAUCGCUGGACUCCGAGAAAGCUGCAAUUUUGAGCAACUUUUGGGCUUUACAGGGUCAACAAAAGCAAAUCCCUACAGCCUAUGAUGCUACAUCGCGAAGAGAUUAUAUUACCCAGACUUUACUUGAAAUUUGGAACCAGGUGAUAUAUAUCAAAGCCGCUAGCGAGGCUGUUCAUAACAACUACGAGAUGGCAUAUGACGGUCUUUUAGAUCACUUCCGCCAGGCUGUUUGGCUGACGAAAGCUCUUUUGGCGUCCGAUUCAGCUAAUUCUGAGCCGCUCAUGCCUACAUUCUCCGUGAGGGCGGGCAUCAUCCAACCACUGUUCUUCUGUGGCUUUAAGUGCCGUGACUGGACAGUACGGCGAGAGGCAUUAGGAUUGCUGCAUGCACGCCAGCGGCAAGAAGGUAUCUGGAGGACACAUGAGGCAGCCCUUGUUCUGGAGCGCUUGAUUGACAUCGAAUCGGAAGGUGUUCUAGUAGAAGGGAUGGUCCCAGAAUCAUUUCGUGUGAAUUCUGUACGAAUAGAGGUUAUUGAUGACUCGAAUGUUCGUUUUUGGUAUCGAAGAAAUCACGCUCACCAGGAUAAGGAUUGCAAUGAUUUAUGGCAUACUGAGUUGCUAUCACAUUGA